AGGCAGCCCGCGCGCCGCCGCAUCCCGCUCGAGCCGUCCGUGGACCUCGGCGGCCUCGACGUGGACGGCGCGCGCCCCACCUUCUUAAUCACGCACGGCUUCAUGAGCGACACCAACGCCUCCUGGAUGCUCCACAUGAAGGACGCGCUGCUGCACAAGGUGGACGCCAACGUGAUCUUAACGGACUGGGGCCCCGGAGCGUCUGGGGCGCUCAAGUACAUGACGGCCGCUGCCAACACACGCGUAGUCGCUGCGGAGGCUGCAAGGCUUAUUCGGCAGAUGGUGAAAGACUGCAAAGUGAAACCGGAAAACAUCCACCUGAUAGGUCAUAGUCUGGGGGCACAGAUCUCAGGAUAUAUUGGCAAAGCUGUCAAGAAUAUUGGAAAAAUAACAGCGCUGGACCCCGCGCAGCCAGCGUUUGAGGGCUACAACCCGAAGGUGCGGUUGCACGCCAGCGACGCCCUCUUCGUCGAAGUGGUGCACACCGACGCCAAGCCCACCAUCCCGCUCUUCGGACUGGGCAUGAUCGCCCCACACGGAGACGUGGACUACUAUAUAAAUGGUGGCGCCAGUCAACCUGGUUGUCUAAUACCUAAAAGUCUACCCUCUCUCACGUCUUUAACAGAUUUCUUAAAUCUUCCGUUGUCAGUGAUUGGCAACCUCGUGUCGUGCCCGCACGGACGCUCCACGGAGGUGUUCAUCGAGGCGAUUCGCCUGAGCAACUGCACCUUCUGGGGCCACCCGGGCACCGUCGUGGACACCGCCUUGAGCGUCGUGUCGAACGGGGCGCUGCUGCGCUACCUGACGCCCUCCAAGGAGGAGUGCUCGGCCAAGACGUGCUCGCCGCUGCAGCUGCGCAACGAGCGGCUGCCCGCGCGCGGGUCCUUCGUCGUGGCCACCACCGGCGCGCGCCCCUUCUGCAGUGAGUAG